AUGACGACAACACCUUCGCGCAAACAGGCGUCGAGCCAACUCUCCUCGCCUAUGGUGUGGAACACCAACGUCAUGGCCACCUCCCCCUCCCCGUCACCGUCGAGCGCGCGACCACGUCUCAACCUCGACGUGCGGGAUAAACGCUUGCCUUCCCUCCCCUCCCCGCUCUCUCGGGGGAAAGAUGGGUCAUGGGCCCUUGGCGCAUACGACAACAAGCUGGUCUCGUCGACGUUAUCACAACUCCCGCCCCUCCCGCCCCACUCUCCAGGGGGUAUGAGCAGCACCGGCUCCAACCUCAGCAGCUUCUCGCACAGCUCCUCCCCCUCUCACGUGCCGCGAGGUACCCCUUCCCUCGUGUCCGUGUCCAUGCCCCGCCCCGCGCCACAACCAUCAAGCGCCGGCGGCGUCCUCCUCCUCCCGGACGGCACGACACUUCCAACAGGUGAACCCGGCGGGCAGCCAGAGCGCGAACCCAUCGCGUCCGGCCCACACUCAUCCUCGAGUCCAUGGAGCCUACUGACCGUGCACGUUCUCCCCCUCUUCGCGGGUAGUCCUCUUAAGACGGCAAUAGAAGAUCUCAACCACCUGUGUAACUCGCACAUUGUAACUACAUCUCAACGCACGCCUGCGUCGCGCCUUAUCGGGGUCCUGACGGCCGACUUACGCGACUUUAUCGCGAGCGGCAUGCUCACCCUCAAAGCCAAGUUUGACACAAUCGACGAGGCAAAGGUCGUCUCACGAGCAGCCGAGGUAUGGUCAUUCUUCUGGAGCCAGAUCCUGCCUUAUAUCGAGGCCGUAUUCCUCCCCCUUUCGCAAGUCCGCGACAUUCCAACAAGCGCGACAGCCCGCCCACUCGCAAUAGUUCAGCAACCCCCAAUUGCGGUGCGACAUAUCCUCCUCUCCGGUUUCCUGGUCCACAUCCUCCUCCCCCUCCUUCCGCGCCUGAUUCCGCUCCUGACGGCGGUCGAACCCGGUCCAGACCUACCGCGCCUCCUACAGAUGUGUUUAGUUCUCUCGACACAGGCUCGCUACUCGUCCUUCUACACGCCUAGGGAACCAGGCGAGGCGGAAGCUCACGAUCUUGAAACGAGCGAGAGCGUCGACGAACUCGCACGCGCCGUUCGCUGGUCCAUGGUCGUCAGGACGGUGUCUCCCGAACCCGUCCAAAGCGAGGCUCACGAGCGUAAAGGAAGCGUCGACACUCCCCGCCGACCAGGACUUACACGCGCCCCUAGUCUUUCACAGGCCGGCCGGAUUCGGCGCCGUAACCGCGGAUCGGGGAGUAUUUCCAGUCUCGAACCAGAACUCAAAGCUGCCAUGGGGGAGAGGAGAGGGACGUGGGAGGGCCCGACUAUUCAUGAGGGCGAGGAACAGUCCCUCGCCCCAACGACAUUGCGCGACGAGACGCUGCAGGGUAGUGUGGCUACGCUUACGGAUCGCACACCAACUGCUGACCGGGCCAGGUUGCCGGCCGCUGCUGCCGCUGCGGCUGCUAAGAGCGCUGCGGCGGCUGGUGCGCGCCGGCACGCGAGAAAGUACUCGAGUGGGGAGAGUGACUUGUCGAGCGUGUUUAGUGGCAUGGGGCGGCGGUAG